AUGCCGCUGCCGAUGCUGCUGCUGCUGCUGCUGCUGCUGCGGAGGGAAGAACCCCAUAUCCUCGGGCUCCUCUUCGAACCCCUGCCUAUCCAGGACGCUAGGCCAGAGUCCUUCAAGGAUGUGCCCAUGAACCUGAGUCCCCAGCCUGUAAAGGAGUUUGUCCCUUGUCCCUCUCACCCUUGCCUAGCUGUGCCUGGGCCUCUUUCGACCCCUAGCUCUCCCAGCAACAGCAGCCAGGAGGAGCUACUGGAUGACCGAGACCCACUGCUAGUCCGGGCUGAACUGGCCCUGCUUUCUACUGUCUUUGUGGCUGUGGCCUUGAGCAAUGGCUUGGUGCUGGGAGCCCUAAUACGACGGGGCCGGCGUGGACGCUGGGCACCCAUGCAUGUCUUCAUCAGUCAUUUGUGCCUAGCUGACCUGGCUGUGGCUCUGUUUCAAGUGCUGCCCCAGCUGGCCUGGGAUGCCACUGACCGCUUCCAUGGUCCUGAUGCCCUGUGUCGGGCCGUCAAGUACCUGCAGAUGGUAGGCAUGUAUGCCUCCUCUUAUAUGAUCCUGGCCAUGACGCUAGACCGCCACCGCGCCAUCUGCCGCCCUAUGCUGGCAUAUCGCCAUGGAGGUGGGGCUCGCUGGAACCGGCCAGUGCUGGUGGCCUGGGCCUUCUCACUCCUUCUCAGCCUGCCUCAGCUCUUCAUUUUUGCUCAACGAGAUGUGGGAAAUGGCAGUGGAGUGUUUGAUUGCUGGGCCCGAUUUGCAGAGCCCUGGGGCCUUCGUGCCUACGUCACCUGGAUUGCCUUGAUGGUGUUUAUAGCACCUGCCCUGGGCAUUGCUGCCUGCCAGGUUCUUAUCUUCCGAGAGAUUCAUGCCAGUCUGGUGCCAGGGCCAUCUGAGAGAGCAGGGAGGCGCCGCAGAGGGCACCGGACAGGCAGUCCCACCGAGGGAGCCCAUGUGUCAGCAGCCAUGGCCAAGACUGUGAGGAUGACACUGGUGAUUGUGAUUGUCUACGUGCUGUGCUGGGCACCCUUCUUCCUUGUGCAGCUGUGGGCAGCGUGGGACCCAGAGGCUCCACUGGAAAGACCUCCCUUUGUGCUGCUCAUGCUGCUGGCUAGCCUUAACAGCUGUACCAACCCCUGGAUCUAUGCUUCCUUCAGUAGCAGCGUCUCCUCAGAGCUACGUAGCCUGCUUUGCUGUGCUCAGAGGCACAUCACACCCAGCCUGGGACCUCAAGAUGAGUCCUGUGCCACUGCCAGCUCUUCUCUGACCAAGGAUACACCCUUCUGAGCAUUCACUGGGCUCUUUCCAUCCAAAGGCUUCCUGUAGCUCACCUGACUGGAGUUGGCCCUGGGGGCACCAAGAGAGGGGUACCUUGGCCAUUCUUGGUCCUCCCUAGGUCUCAUUGUCCCCAGGUAUGCAAGAAGGAAUGUUCCAGGACUGCAAGGAAACCCUUAAGUUGGCUCCUUUGUGCCAGACAUGGGAAGCAACUGGGGCAGAGGCCUCAAGAUCUAGGAGGGGAACAGGUAACAGAGGUGCUUGUGCUUCUUACCCUGGCAAGUACCCUGCGGGUGAAGAGGAGUCCCAGGGAGCUGAAGGAAGGACCAGGAUGGGGCUAGUAGAACUUCCUGUUAUUCCUUCCUUCUGCCUAUCUUCCUAAUAAAA